GGCGGCAUGAGCGCGGCGCGGACGCUGCGGGUGCCCGGCCGCCACGGCUACGCGGCCGAGUUCUCCCCGUACCUGCCGGCCCGCCUGGCCUGCGCCGCCGCCCAGCACUACGGCAUCGCGGGCUGUGGAACCCUGCUCAUUGUGGAUCAAACUGAAUCGGGGCUUAGGCUUUUUAGAAGCUUUGACUGGAAUGAUGGCCUGUUUGACGUCACGUGGAGUGAGAACAAUGAACAUGUCCUUGUCACCUGCAGCGGCGAUGGCUCGCUGCAGCUCUGGGACACCGCCAAAGCCACGGGGCCACUGCAGGUCUACAGAGAACACACCCAGGAGGUUUAUAGUGUCGACUGGAGCCAAACCAGAGGUGAACAGCUUGUGGUGUCUGGCUCAUGGGAUCAGACUGUCAAACUGUGGGAUCCAACUGUUGGGAAGUCACUGCACACUUUCAGAGGCCAUGAGAGUGUCAUUUACAGCACUAUCUGGUCUCCCCACAUCCCUGGUUGCUUUGUUUCAGCCUCAGGUAAGUACUUUGGUGUCCAGCAAAAGAGUUUCUCAAGAAUAACUCCUGGGUUCAUAGUAAGUAACUACUGGAGAAAUUUGUUUCCAGUAGGAAACUAUUGGCACUGCUUACAUUGGCACUUGCAAAGAUACCACAGUGUGCUCUUUUUCCUGAAUUGUUUUCAGAACUUGCUGGUGACCGGGGCCGUCGACUGCAGUUUGAGAGGCUGGGACUUGAGAAAUGUGCGCCAGCCCGUGUUUGAACUUCUUGGUCACAAGUACGCUAUUAGGAGAGUCAAAUUUUCCCCAUUCCAUGCCUCUGUGCUGGCCUCUUGCUCCUAUGACUUCACUGUAAGGUUCUGGAACUUUUCAAAGCCUGAUCCUCUCCUUGAAACAGUGGAACACCAUACCGAGUUUGCUUGUGGUUUAGAUUUAAGUCUUCACAGCCCCACUCAGGUGGCUGACUGUGCUUGGGAUGAAACGAUAAAGAUAUAUGACCCUGCCUGUCUCGCUGCUGCUCCUCCUCCAUGAGAGCCAAGGCCGGAACUGAAGAACUGCCCGGCAGGAAAUAAUUGCCUGUUGUUAACAGAGACCUUAUGAUUUUCUAUGCUAUUCAGAUUUAAAUUUGCAAAAAUGUAUCCUGGAAUCUGUUUUGAGGCAACUGAUGGAGACUUUGGUGUAUUAUUUAAGCCAUAUUUCCUAAAAUCUUAAGGAAUAAUUGAUGUUAUGGUACAUUUUAUAAUACCUACUAAAAUAUAACCUCUAUAUUGUAAAAUAGUUUAAAAUAUGGGCAAUUGUACAUUAUUUUGAUAGUGGUAUAUUUCAUUUUUAAUUAAGUCAUUUUUAAUGUAAAAUAUAAUCAAAUGUUACUGGCAGAGAAAAUAAACUGCAUUUCCUGAUUAUUUAUCAUUUUAUGACAUCCUCAAAAGAUUGUUUUCCCCCUAAUAUGUUACAAUAUAAUAAUAUAUAAACAUGCUGUGAUAUGUAACAUAAAUAUAUGUAUGGUUCAGCAUCAGGGCUUUAAUACAGAUUUGACUUAC